CGGAGCUCUGCUGCUCACGUCUGUCUGAGGCGGUCGCGGGAAAUUGGAACUAAAUCGAUAACCGUGCGAUCGAACAUCAAAAUAAACUUCACAUGGACACACCGGCGGUACCGCUGUCGCGUGAGCACCAUGGGGGACAAAGCGGAGAUGCGAUGCGCCGCGAGGAGCAGCUUAGGACCACGUUGCACUAUGAUGACAAGGAGAAGCUGCGCAGGAAGUUGGCCCUGUUGCAGAGGGAGUACCUCAGGACAGCUGAGAGACUGCAGCGGGCCGAGCGUCUGGACGCAGUGCGGAGACAUGUGAGGAGCAGGAUCGGUCGGCAGGACCAGGACCAGGACCAGAGAGACCCGGAGGAGACACCGGGUCCCCGUCUCAAGCCAUCACCAUGGGUACCGAACGCCACCAAUGGGACAGCACCACGCGCCGCUCCGUGCCCGGGACACGCGGGAGCAGUUUCCGAUGCCUCCAGGAAGAGCCCGGUGAUCCGCUUUCUGCUCCCCUCCGCUGCCGUCGGCCCGCAGACACCGGACCCCCGGCACGACGCCGUCAACGGUCACAGGCCGAGUCCCGCCCUGCGCCUCCGGUCUCGACGCAGCCGCCUGCGCUGGGAAAGGAGGAGCGCCGAGGCCGGCGGGAGCGCCGACGACCACAGCGAGGAACCCCGGGAGCGAUGUGGCAGGAUGGAGACUGAUGGGGCGGAAGGGUGCGAGGGCGGAGUCAGAGCGGAGGCCGCGAACGAGAGCGAGGAGCCGCUGUCCUGCGACGACUCCGAGUCUCCGUCCCUGCUGCUUCCGCAGUGGAACGCUCCCGGGGCAGGAGGAGCGGGAGGUAACGAGGGGGAAGAGACGCGAGAACGACUAACGGAGACAGACGCCGAGCUCCCGCGUUGGACCGGAACGGGAGCCAGAAGGGAGACGGAGGAAGGAGGGAAGAGUAAAGAGGACCGGGACGGAAGGCUGUUUGAAGGCGGCAGCGAAAGAGACGCCGAACAAAUGGCAGCAGAGCUUAGAGAAAGAGAAAAGGGUGGCGAGAACGCGGCUGGGAUCAGAGAAGAGGAGAGCGAGCUGACUGGAGGAGAGCGUGACGGGAAGGGCGCCAGUCCCCGGGACUCUUGUACCUUACGAGAAGGACUACUUUACCCGGCGGAGUACUACGUCCGGACCACGAGACGGAUGACCCUUUCGCAGAGCCAGCCGGACACGCAGGCCAUCCUAUUCUCCCAGCUGAGCGCCGGACGCCAUCGGGCGGGCCGCGGCUUAGGCCCGACGCGCUCGGACCGCCGCACCGCCGCAUGUUCGUCCUCGCCGACGUCCGGCGAGCUCAACGGCCACAGCUCCAGAGAGACGGCCGACCCAAUCCCGGGGUGUGAAAUCGACGGCGACGCUCGCGUCCCCCCCCCGAUCGCCGCCGCCGCCCGUCCGGCGAGAGGCGGGAGGAAGAGAAGAGGUAGAGGCCGGGGCGGAGGGAGGACGCGGACCCCGCGGCGCCCACUUAUUGGAGAACCAAAUCAACAACCGGGCCUCGGAACGACCUCAGACAACCCCCGGGCCCCCGCCCCGCCCCCACAUGGAGGCGAGGGACCGGGACAAGCCGCGGCGGCGCGGGACGAGCCGGAGGCUGCGUCGGCCUGCAGGGCGGCCACGCCUCCUUCCCCUGGAGAAACCCAGCCAGGCUCCGCCUCUGGACACGCGAAGAAGGUCUUCCCCAUCUUCCUGAGGAGCGAGGCGAACGGAUCCAGACAGACGAGCGCCGCAUGCUGGCGAUCUCUCCCCCUUCCCUCCUCGCCGCCUGCUUCGACGGCCCUGCUUCCUGUGCUUCCCCGGCCCCCUCAGUUCCCGGCCCCCGUCUUCAACAACCUGCUGAACUUUGACUUCCCGCAAGAUUUCCAUCUCCCCGACGAGCAGUUUGCCUCCUUGAAGCUGCUGAAGCUCCGCCAAGUCGCCGCGGAUCCAGUGGUUGCGCGCCUCACGCCGCGGUGCACCGCCGGCGACCCGGCGGCAGAGCUCCCGCGCAGCCUCACGCCCACACUCCCAAGUUCCCCGCGUCCCGCAACGAGCUCACCAAUAGAGGAGGAGCUCGUCGAGGAGACCGAGGAGACGCCUCAGGGAGACGCCGUUGAGGAGCGGGUUGGAGACCACGAGGAAGGAGCUGCUGGGAGCCCGGACCGCCGCGUCGAGACGGCGGAGCGGGAAAGCGCGUCGUCCGUCGUCCCGUCAGAAGGGCGAACGGACGCCGCUUUGGAGGAUCCGACGCCUACGGACCACCGGGCUGCAAGACCGCAGAGACCCCCCGAGGAGCCCUCCGACAGCGCCGACGCCGUGCGGUUAUGUAACCACGGCGAAGCUGAGGGGGGGAGCCCGCGUGGGAAAUCCCCCGCUGCAGAUUCAAAGGAACCCUCCGACCCCCCCGCGAGUCCUCCGAGCGACCCGCGCCGCAGCGUCCCGUCUCAGCUGCUGCUGAGUCCUCCCGGCCCCUCGAUGACCCCGCGUCCGCCCUCCCACCCCGCCGUCCUGUGCAGCCCCACCCUGCCGUCGCUCGGCCUCAGCCCCCACCCCCUCGGCGGCGCCGUCCCUGUGACCUCCUCCCCCUCCGCCCCGUCGCUCACUAGCAGUCCGGCCGCGCUGGUCCUCUCCCCUUCUCCGCCGGUCCCCCCCGGCCGGCCGGCCGCCUCCCCCGCCGCCUCCCCCGCCGCUCCGAUCGAGGCCCCGUCCAGUCCGCUUUGUCCAGUCGAACCUACUGACCGGACGACGGCUCCGGGGGUCCAGUCCCAGAGAUCAGGGGGGGGGGCGGAGGAACACGUGAUGAGAAGCACACACACACUGAAGGCCCCGGCAGGACGCUGUCUGGUGGACGCGUGCUGCUUGCGUGGAUCGUCGGGCGCUUUGUGCGUGGCAGCAGCCGCAGAGUGGACCGUGUGUCUCUGGAGUCAGACGUCAGCGGCCGAUUGGGGAUUAACACACACUUGGGCCUUCAGUAAGCCGGUCAUCAGUGUGUUCCCCGUCCCGGAUGCUGCCGGGCUGAUGUGUGUGACUCUCGGUCCGUUGGAAAUCACCGAAGUGAGGGUGCUGUCCUGCUCCCGCCUCUCCCAGGCGCCGCUCUGCGAGGGCGUCGUUCAGGCCGUCGUGGGCGCGCCCGAGUCCAGGGUGGUCGUCUCCUCCCACUCGCCGUCCGGCUCCACGCUGCGGGUGUUCGCGGCGUCCGACGGCGGCAGGUGGAGCUCUCAGCCUCUGGCGUCCCCGGGUGUUUGUGUCGGGUCUCUCGCUCCAGUGGACGGACUUUCAGAUGCUCUGAUUGGCUCAGACGAUGGCGGGCGCCUCUUCGUCUGGAAUUUAAAGACCGGGCAGCUGCUGCGGAGAAUCGCCCUCGGAGACGGUUUGUCCCACGCGUCCUGCCUCAGAGGAUUCUCCUCCCGUGGGGCGCUGUUCGUCCUGCUGCAGCACCAGCAGCUCGGCUCCCCGGAGGACGGCGCCAAAAAGGAGGAGGACGAGGACGAGAGGCAGAGCGCCGCCCUCUUGUCGCUGGUCGCCGUCAACCCUCUGAGCGGGAGGUCCGCGCUGGCUUCCCGCCUGCGUCCCCCCGAAGGCUGGAGCGGCAGGCUGUGCGAAGCCGACGUCGGCGGCGGCGGCGGCGGCGUGGUCGGCCUGAGUCGGAGCGGCUGCGUGUGCGUGUGGGAGCUGGGGGGCCGGGGGGCCCCGCGGAUGGUGGGGGCUCCCGGGAGCGACGGCUGGCAGCUGGCUCGAUGGGGGGACGGCGGCACGCUGGUGACCGGUCACCACAACGGAGACGUGACCUUGCACGGCCGGGCCGGGUGAGGACGCCACGGCGCUUUUAUCAAGAAGAAACGUCUGGUGCGGCGCGGCGUGAAGAUUGGAAACCGAGAAAGAAAAAAAAAAAGACUGUUGGUAUUUAUAUGUUAAUCUAAAAAAGACGGCGUUGUUUUUAGGGCCCCAGUAUUACUUAAAUACUUUGCUGUACGUCUGAUAUUUCAGGAAAAAAUGUGGCUGAAGUUUGUUUUUAUAAUUUACAUUAAACGUUCAUCCUGACGGA